AUUUUGAAUUCCUACGUGUUUCUCAUGCUUCCUGUUUCCAAUUGGUUUCUCGUGACAAUCCCCGGUUUGUGGAGAAAACACCAGCAGGUGUGAAAUUAUGGAGAGCAACAGAUUCCAGAUCGUGGUGCAGGGAGAAGCAUCUGAAACCGACUCAGAUGAUGAAGUGUACAUCACCUCUGCUCCUCCUGUCCAUGCAUCCUCAUCAUCAUCAUCAGGGAUGAAGGUGGCAGGAGAGGCGUCCGAAACUGACAGCGAGGAUGAGGAAGAGAGAGCUCGCAGACUAGCCUCUGAAAGCCAUCAACAGAUGCUCCGCAGAGACCUGCCGCCUCUCAUCGUGAUCAGAAACACACCUGCGUCUCCGUCUGGACAGCAGGACAUAUCGUCACCUGUGUCCAGACCUGACUCGUGUAGGUUUAACACGUUACUCCAGCAGAAACUGCUGGAAAGCAAUGCACGGCUGUGCGCAGAUGUCAAUCAAAGCCUGAAACAGGUGUAUCAGAACGCUGCACGGGACAUAAGACAGGCCACCGCUCACCUCAACAACUCUCAGACAGGCAUCAUCAACGCGUCCCACAGCAUCAGACUCAUACUAGAUGACCUGAAGUCAGUGUCUGAGAAGAUCGACAUCAUUACUAGCUGUCAUCUGCUGCCGGACAUCACCAUGCCAAACCCGCUUUCUGAACAAUGCUAAUUAAAUGAGCACGAUGAAAUGGCUACAUGUAUAUGAAAUGACUAAUGAGCGGACAACAAAUUCUGCAAGUUAAAAAAAUUGUAAACAUU